CAUUGUACAUUUCUUCGGCACAUUCAUGCAAAAUCACUUGAUAUAUUCCCAAAUGGAGGAAGAUCGUAUGAUUUCAGCAAUGGCGAAGAAGGUCCGCGGGGUAUUUGUGUUUUUGUUCCUUACCUUAUUCUCCAAGGCGGUUGGUGACAAGAUUUUCUCCAGGGUCAUCGUGCCAGCUGACCCUGCCGCUGCUAGCUUCUGCCUGAGCUGGAGGCUGGCCGUGGAGGCCAAUAAUGUACGUGCUUGGAGGACUGUCCCAGCUCAGUGCCUGCGCUACAUUGAGAAUUACAUGAUUGGGGGACAGUAUGACCUCGAUAUUAACUUGAUUGUGGAACAAAUAUUGAUUUAUGUGAAAGACAUAGUUCUCUUGGAGGAUGGGAUGGAUGCUUGGAUCCUAGAUGUUGAUGAUACCUGCAUCUCCAAUCUUUUCUACUACAAGGGAAAAAGAUACGGUUGUGAUCCCUAUGAUCCUGUCGGUUUCAAGUCUUGGGCAAUGAAAGGAGCUUGUCCGGUAAUUCCUGGUGUGCUUAAUCUAUUCACCACCCUGGUUGAGAUCGGAUUUAAGGUCUUCCUUGUGACUGGAAGAGACCAAGAAACCUUAGGUCAAGUCACUACAGAAAAUUUGCAUAAUCAAGGAUUCAUUGGCUAUGAAAGGUUGAUUAUGAGGAGUGCAGCUAACAAAGGGCAGAGUGCUGUGGUUUACAAGUCUGGAGUUAGAAAACAAUUGAUCGGAGAAGGGUACAGGAUUUGGGGGAAUGUUGGAGAUCAAUGGAGUGAUUUACAGGGAGAAUGUUUGGGCAACAGGACUUUCAAGGUCCCCAAUCCUAUGUAUUUCGUUCCUUGAAAUGAAAUGUAAAAGAAAAGAAAAAUGAUCAAGUUGUCUGUGGAGAUGCUGUAGGGGAGUGCAUUCUUCAGAAACUAAUCCAUGAAAAAGUUCAGUAUUCAGGACAAUAAAGAAUGACUCCCAUCAAUAGAAGCAGGAAAUAAUCAUGUAUGCAAAAUCAAGGUGUUGUAUUUCUAUAAAUCUCUUGUGACGAAGCUUUUGAUUCCAAGAAAGAAUUCUAUGAAAC